UCCGGCCUGCUUUCUCUUCCUCCCGCCCCAAUCCUCCUGGUCCAUCCUUCCUAUCCACCACCGCCAUGGCCACCGCUACCGCCUCGGGCUCCACCUACUGUUGCAACACCCUCCUCCACCUCCCCAGGCCGACCCAUUUCCGACGCAUCUCGCCUCCUCCAACUCACCGUCUGGAGCUCUCGCUCUCGCUCUCCCUCGCCGCGCGCUUCGCCACCUGCCGAGCCGCGGCCGUCGAGUCCGGGACCGCCCGUUUCGGCUCCAGGGCGAGAGCGAGCUCGGGACCGCCACCGCCGCCGGUUUUCGAGACGGUGGAGGAGGAGGAGGAGGAGGAGGAGCGUGGGUGGUCGGACGCGGAGGCGGAGUUCAGUGACGGGGUGGAGGAUGAGCAGGAGUGGGCGGGCGGCAACGGCGCGGCGCGCGGGGAGGACCUGGGCGCGGACGCCGGCGAGGACCUGAGCGGCUGGACGCGGCAGUGGCCGCGCCCGCGGGAGCUCUUCGUGUGCAACCUCCCGCGCCGCUGCGACGUCGAGGACCUGCUCCAGCUCUUCAGGCCCCAUGGCACCGUCCUCUCCGUCGAGGUUUCACGCGAUACCGAGACGGGAAUUAGCCGAGGAACUGCUUUUGUCACAAUGCGUUCUCUAGCAGAAGCAAGAACAGCCAUCAAUGCCCUGGAUGGAUUUGACUUAGAUGGGCGUGAAAUUUUUGUAAAACUAGCAUCUGAUGUCAUUUCCAAUAGGAAAAACGUAAACCUGACUCAUAUAACGCCCACAAAGGACCACAUCUUCGAAAGCCCACACAAGAUAUAUGUUGGCAACCUUGCCUGGUCUGUUCAGCCUCAAGACUUGAGAGAGCUCUUUACCCAGUGUGGAACCGUUGUUAGUACAAGGCUGCUCACGGAUCGCAAAGGAGGGAGAAACCGUGUGUAUGGGUUCCUUUCGUUUUCCUCAGCUGAAGAGCUUGAGGCUGCCCUAAAGCUUGACAGAACGGUUUUUUUCGGACGGGAUAUCGUGGUCAAGGCAGCUCAUGUAGAGGUCAAGGCAGCUCAUGUAGAGCGUCAGUCGCCUUGAGCUGUUGAGGGUUACACUUCAGAACUUCAGCGUUUUUGUCUGUGGUUUAUUGGCUGAUUUAAGUUCGAGCUCUAGGCACAGGCCAUACAGCUAACAAACAUGACCCCUUAUGUAUGUACGAAGCAAUCCAGGCACAGGCUCAUUUAAGCAUUUUUGUGAGAGAGGAAUGGAGUAUGACUGUUGCAAUUUUGUUAACACCAUCGUGAAAAAUCUGGGAAGAACUGGAAACUGAUAUUGUUUGUAGUCAUAAGCGUUAAGAACAUAAGUGAUCCAUGUGCGUUAACUGCAUCUUAUUAUGAAUAUCUUUUGAGUUGUGGUUCCCCGCUCA